AUGUCUCAAUACCAUGGUGAUGAAAUGGAGUAUGCGGCAGAUGAUAAUGAAAUGGCGGAGGUAGAAGAUGAUAUGUAUUUUCGUGGCAGAGCAUUUGGUGAAUCAGAUUCGGAUGAUGAUGAGGACUACGAAUAUGACCCUUUGGAAAACCGAAUAACAGAUACCACUGCUGCUGAAGCUAGGAGGGGGAAGGAUAUCCAAGGUAUACCUUGGGAUAGGUUGAGCAUUAGUCGUGAGAAAUAUAGACAAACUAGACUAGAGCAGUACAAGAAUUAUGAAAAUAUACCCCAAUCAGGGGAAAUGUCAGAGAAGGAAUGCAAAGCAACAGAUAAAGGGGGAAAUUAUUAUGAUUUCUGGCAAAACACUAGAUCUGUGAAGUCAACAAUACUUCAUUUCCAAUUGAGGAAUUUGGUUUGGUCAACAUCAAAACAUGAUGUAUAUCUUGUUUCAAAUUACUCAAUUGUGCACUGGUCUUCAUUAAGUUCUAAGAGGUCUGAAGUCUUGAAUGUAUCAGGGCAUGUAGCUCCCUGUGAGAAACAUCCUGGAAGCCUCUUGGAAGGUUUUACACAGACACAAAUUAGUACCCUGGCAGUACGUGAUAACUUGUUGAUUGCUGGAGGGUUUCAAGGGGAACUUAUUUGCAAGUACUUAGACCGGCCUGGGGUUAGUUUUUGUACCCGAACUACCUAUGAGGACAAUGCAAUUACAAAUGCUGUGGAGAUUUAUGAGCACCCAAGUGGAGCUGUUCAUUUCAUGGCUUCAAACAAUGAUUCUGGUGUUAGAGACUUUGAUAUGGAGAGGUUUCAGCUUUCAAAGCAUUUCUCCUUUCCUUGGCCAGUAAAUCAUACUUCAUUAAGCCCUGAAGGGAAACUACUUGUAAUUGUUGGUGACAACCCAGAAGGGUUACUGGUGGAUUCUCAAACAGGAAAGACUAUCACACCUUUACAUGGACAUUUGGAUUUCUCAUUUGCAUCUGCAUGGCAUCCUAAUGGGCACAUAUUUGCUACUGGAAACCAAGACAAAACAUGUCGUGUUUGGGAUGUUCGGAACUUGUCAAAAUCUGUUGCUGUUCUUAAAGGCAACCUUGGAGCUAUUCGUUCAAUACGAUUCACGUCUGAUGGACAGUUCAUGGCGAUGGCAGAGCCAGCUGACUUUGUGCAUGUCUAUGACGCAAAGCAUGGGUUUGAAAAGGAGCAGGAGAUUGAUUUUUUUGGGGAGAUCUCUGGUGUAUCCUUUAGCCCUGAUACAGAAUCACUCUUCAUAGGUGUUUGGGACCGAACCUAUGGAAGCCUUCUACAGCUCAAUCGACGCAGAAAUUACAUGUAUCUCGACUGCUUGUAA